CACAUGGAGCCGGGCAGCCGUGGGCCAGCGCUCUCCACCCCGCGCCCGCCGGAGCAGAUAACUUGAGGAAAAUGGAAACAGACGAGCCUCAGGAUAUGUCCCAAGUAUCAGAAAAAGAAAGUCCUACACUAAGCGAUGUCCCGGAUGACGCUGAUGAAUCCAUGCCUAUGCCAGAAGAUCUUUCAACCAGCACAGGAGGACAGCUGAACACUCGGAAUGAGAGAGUUUUGGCCAGUAAUGUUAAAAUAGAGACACAGAGCGAUGAAGAGAAUGGGCGUGCCUGUGAAAUGAAUGGGGAAGAAUGUGCGGAGGAUUUACGAAUGCUUGGUGCAUCAGGAGAGAAAAUGAAUGGCUCGCACAAUGGCAGCAAAGCCAUGUCAGGCGCUGGAGGCAUUCGACUCCCAAAUGGAAAGCUAAAGUGUGAUAUCUGUGGGAUAAUUUGCAUCGGUCCCAAUGUUCUUAUGGUUCACAAGAGAAGCCACACUGGCGAACGCCCCUUCCAGUGUAAUCAGUGUGGGGCAUCCUUUACUCAAAAAGGCAACCUUCUUCGCCACAUAAAGUUGCAUUCCGGCGAAAAGCCAUUCAAGUGCCACUUGUGUAACUACGCUUGUCGCCGUAGAGAUGCUCUUACGGGCCACCUGAGGACCCAUUCCGUUGGCAAGCCUCACAAAUGUGGAUAUUGCGGUCGGAGCUAUAAGCAACGGAGCUCUUUGGAGGAACAUAAGGAGCGCUGCCACAACUAUUUGCAAACCAUGAACCUCUCGGGGGGCCUUUAUCCCGUCAUAAAAGAGGAAACAAGCCAGAGCGAAAUGGCUGAAGACCUGUGUAAAAUGGGAUCUGAGCGAUCCCUGGUGCUGGACAGACUCGCAAGUAACGUCGCCAAACGUAAGAGUUCUAUGCCUCAGAAAUUUGUGGGCGAGAAAUGUGACUCUGAUGUUCCUUACGAUGCAACCAUCAGUUACAAGAAUGAGAACGAGAUGAUGCAGACCCACGUCAUGGAUCAGGCCAUCAACAAUGCAAUCAGCUACCUAGGGGCGGAGUCCUUGCGCCCCCUGGUGCAAACCCCCCCGGGGGGCUCUGAAGUCGUGCCUGGCAUCAGCCCAAUGUACCAGCUCCACAAGCCCCCAGGAGACAACCACAUCCGCUCCCAUCAUGCCGCUCAGGACAGUGCGGUGGAAAAUUUGCUGCUUCUCUCCAAAGUCAAAUCGAUCUCGUCGGAAAGGGACGCUUCCCCUAGCAACAGCGGCCACGACUCCACCGACACAGAGAGCAACAACGAGGAACGCAGCGGUUUAAUUUACCUAACAAAUCACAUAGCGCCCCAUGUGCGCAACGGCCUGUCUGUUAAGGAAGAACAUCGGCAGUACGACGUCCUGAGGGCAGGCAGCGACAGCUCCCAAGAUGCUUUCAAAGUCAUUGGGGGCAACGGAGAGCAAGUGAAAGUUUACAUCUGUGAACAUUGUAGAGUCUUAUUCUUAGAUCAUGUCAUGUACACCAUCCACAUGGGCUGUCAUGGGUUCCGUGAUCCUUUUGAAUGCAACAUGUGUGGCUACCACAGCCAGGACAGGUAUGAAUUCUCUUCUCACAUAACCCGAGGGGAACACCGUUUCCGCAUGAGUUAGAGCUGUAUGAUGGCAGCAACCCCUCUCACCAACACCAACACCCCCAGAAACACAAAACAAAAUACACACAACAGGACAACAUCUAAUCAAAAUCAGAAGGUUGGGUCCCCAUAAAUGUACUCCACUUGGCAGCGUGCAUGAACACACAAGUCAGCUUUAUACUAUUAAUACUGAUGCUUUUUUCCCCAGCCUAAUGUAGUGGUUUGAGUGUUGAACUAGGAUCUGGGAGACCUUCGUUCAAAUCUUCACUCUUGGAGCAGUCACACACUCUCGGCCUAACCUACCUCACAGGGUUGUUGUGAGGAUAAAAUGAAGGCAAGGAGGAGGAUGUCGGCCCCUUUAAGUAUCUUCUGGGGAGAAAUGUGGGGUAUAAAUGAAGACAGUAAAAAGAUGUAAGCCAUCCAAAACUUUAGUAAAAUAAGUCGGAGCUUUUUUCGUUAAGUAGAGGAAAUUCUUUCUUGCUAGCCAUUCUUUUUAGCCACCCCCACGUCCCUCCCCCUUCAGCUAAGCCAUUAACUACGCACUCAUCCAAAUUUGAUUGAAAACAAGAAAGAUAAAAUUAACACUGACUCUGUUGCUGUUCUGAAAAGACACUUCUUACACCAUAUGUAUUUUCAAGAUUCCUAUAAUUAUUUGGCACAUUCGCUAAUCAAGAGCUAUAAUACACAUCUACGAUAGGUUAAAAAUCUCUUACAUUUGCUGGUGAUCUGAGCCCUACAAACCCCCUCCUGGGCAGGUUUCUUGUAAGAUGAGUUCGUACCAUCAUAAAUUUCUCAGAGCAUUCUUGAUCAGAAGUUUUCUCCCUACCAGCGACGAUUGUUACAAUGGCUGUUAUUGUGUUUAUAAUGGGUGUCAUGUUGUGGAUUAUUCCAAACAUUCCCAAAAGUUGCAAGGAUUGUGCCAGUUAAUUUGGGGGGUUGUGGGUGGCUGUGGUGAAAUGCAGGCCACAAAAUUAAAAGCCCCAGAAAAUUAUGACUCAGAUCCUGGGAACCCUCAUUUAGAUCCAUUGUAAAUUGGUUGCAAAACUCACUGAUGUAGAAUCACAAGAAAGAGCCCUUUCCAGCAAACCAUCAUCAUCAUCAGUAUUUAGUACAGUUCAUAACCAGCACAUACCAAUCUAAAUAAGUUUACAGAAAUGCAUAUAAAAACAUUAUACAUUUAAAACGAGACUCAGAAUAGACAUGUAAAAACAUAGGCCUUGAGGAA